CUGCAAUUUUGACAGCCUUUGUCAAGAAAAGCAAGAAAAGUAAAUAUUUGUUAUAAAUUCCAUAAAGAUUUUACUUUAUUCUGUGUGAUUUUACUUAAUGAAUCACUAAAAACAGAAAUAAAAUCAGACCAAGUAUAAGAAAUAAACUUGAAAGUAUCAAGUAACAAAAAAAGCGCUGUGUGCUCUUAAUAUUUUUCCUUUUAGCGCGUAUUGGGUUAUGUGUAAAGCUGUAUCAAACAAUUUUUGAGAUUUUUUUGAAAAAAGACCACGACAAAAUGAUACCUCCGCUGGCCCCAGGCCAGGCAGAAGACAAGCAAACUAUGGUUAGCUGGAAGAAUACUUUUAAUAUGCGUCAAGUCACACUUCUAAACAUAGCGGCCACAACGUUGGGAAUGAAAAACGGUGCAAAACUCACUAAUCACAAUCACAGAAAACAGUACAGCGUAACUAGUACAGCAAAAUCAUUAGACUUGCUACGUAAAAACCUACAAGCAGCUAUUAACAAAGAUAUAGAUAACAUUAUAAAGAAGUACAUUGAUAAAUUUUUUCAACCUGCUAUCAUCAAUAUUCGAAACAAUUUGGGCCAUGACAGUGUCAACGACAAUCACAUGAGAGACGUUUGCAAACAGAUCCUGGAAGAAGCCAAAUCAAUGUAUACUUUAACGGCUAAGUCAAGGGAACACCCUGUGUAUGAAUGUAGCCAAAGUGAAGCAGACUCUGAGAAUAAUUUUUCGGAUUUACGAUAUCAAAACAUUGAAAGAAUGAGCCCUUUGUUUCAACAGCCCACAAAAAGGAAAGAAAUUGACUUAGACUUAGACAAUUCAGCAUUGACCGUAGCUACGAAAAGACCUAAACACAGGACACUUUCAAGUUACUACAACGACAACUUAGGAUGCAAGUUCUCACUGAAACGGGACGGUCCUAAAUGGAACCCGGAUCGAAUUAAAACAGAGACUCUAUUCAUAAUGGGUUCCCGAGCAAACAAGGUUCUAGGUUAUGGACAAACUCGAGGAAGAUUAUAUGUACGGCAUCCAAAUCUGUUGCGAUACUGUGGAGACCAGGAGGACAAAGAAUGGCUACAAUCACAAAAUUUACUUCCGGCUAAUGGAGGCAAGAUUUACAUCAUGCUUCUGGAAGAUAUCAAGGAGCUUACAGAAAGCGACGAGUACCGGAACAACCCUAACCUACAAUUACAAGAAUUACAUGGUUUCAGAGCUCCGGAAUUUCUGGCAGCUAAAAUUAAAAACUAUCUGGAGUAUAUAAGAAGCGAAAAAAAGCUGAUGGCCGUGCUGGAUAUCGAUGAUAACAGUUCGGAUACUCCGCCACCGAAUGUAACGAUUACAAAUGAUACAGUGGUACUACCCAGUCCAGAUUCUUUGGAUAAUAGCGUGGAGAAUAUAUGGAAAACGUCGCAGUUAAGGCAGCAAAUCGAUUAUCCGAACAUGUCGUCGGAUAUGAGCAGUCUGUCGAGUUCUGUCAUUUCGAGUAUAUUGUCGGGAAACUAUACGGGUAUGAAUAGUUUUAAGAAUGAUACGGGGUUUUAAAUUUAUGGUUAUUUGUUACACCUUGAUUUCCUAUUAAUUUUAUUUAUUUAUUUUUAAAUAAGAAAAAAAUCUAGUCUCGAAUAUGUAAUAACUUUAUAUUUAUUUAUGAAUACUAUUCAGAAAGCUUUAUAUAAAUUUUUAAGUCUCAUUCAAGUAAAUAGAAUACCAGUAGGGGUGAGAUUAUUUCUGUUAUGUAUGUAGAUAAAUCAAAACCAAAUGUAAAUAAAUAUAAGUAAGUUCUUUCUUGACAUUAGGUCUGAUUGGAUUUUAGAAGUAAUUUAUUAAAAAAUAUAUUGUUAUUCGUCAGGGAUGGGUCUUUGCUGGAAAUUUUCAGGAUUUUUUUUACGUUAAGACAAAAAUAUAUACA